AUGGGGAGGCACGAGAUCGAGUCGGGCGAGAACGACUUGGACUCGAGGUUGACGUUCAUGAGGAUGUACGACCCGAUCGUCGUGAGCUCUUGGUGCGUGCGCCCGUCCGCGAACGGCGACGGCUCGUCGGUCAUGUUGCCGCGCUCGUCGUCCGACGAGUUCGGGUCGUCUUUGACCACGCGGACGCUCGUGAGCUCCUCGAUGGUCGACUCGGUGCGGUCCAGCAGCGACGUGUCGAGGCCCGCGCAGGCCUUGCCGUGGUCGGCCAUGGCCUUGCGGAGGUCCACCACGUGCGCGCGCAGAAAGUGCAGCUCGACCUUUUGCUUUCGCCGGCAUUUCCGGCUCGCGGCGUUGAUCUUGAGCUGGCGCUCGCGCGAGACCUUGGCCUUCUUUGUGUCCUUGGGGCACUUGGGCGAAAUGUGCUGCUUGCCCUUGGCCUCGGUUGGUGGCAGCGACGAGAGCGACGUCGAGGCCGAGAGCGCGGGCGGCGGCAGCAUCUGCAUGAAGAGCUGCGGGUGCAUGGGCGCAGUGCUAUUGCUGCUGUGGUGGUGCAGGUGCUGCAGCGACGCCUGGCGCUGA